GCCCAGCAAGUAUCUGUUGCACCUCCCCUACACAAAGACCCCGCCUGCUCCGUCCUUCAGAAAUCAGACCUACAACAAAAUUACAGGUGGAUCUGGUGGCGAGUAUAUAUCGCGCUUAGUUGGCUCUAUUUAUAUUUGCAUUGGACGAAAAAAACGGACGAUCUGAGCAAAAAUGUCUUUGGCUAAGGAUCUGAUGCACCCUAGCUUUACAGAGGAGAGGAGGAGACAUAAGAAGAAGAGGCUGGUGCAGAGUCCAAACUCUUACUUUAUGGAUGUUAAAUGCAUGGGGUGUUACAGGAUCACCACCAUCUUCAGCCACGCCCAGACAGUGGUGCCCUGCGCAGGCUGCUCUAUAAUCCUCUGUAGGCCACGAGGGGGAAAGUGCAGACUGACAGCAGGCUGUGCCUUCAGAAAGAAAAACACAUGAACAGUAAUGUGCCAGAACGCAGCAGAAGAGACCACAGAGUGAAUCCUCAACAAAUAGAGAAAUCACCUCUAUUUAUCUAAAUGUAGAGUGAAAUUUCAACCCCAUGUGGGGCUUAAUGAGACGGAGAAUGAGAAAGAAUCAUAUGCAUGCAUGUACAUUCCCAAACUUGACAUAAUGAAGCACUUACUGUCAUUACUUAUAUUGCACGAGUGAAAUGCAACAAUCAGAAUGCACAAAAAGUCAGACAAGUCAUGAUUUCUGUAAAACAUUUUAAUAGGUUGACAUGGAGGGGGGUGGUGAAUGAAGUAUUUCAUAACAGUCUCAAUCAGAUGUGAGGCACCCUCAGUGGCUCUGACAUGAGAUGAAACCACGAUGACCAUCAAACAAAAAAUAAAAACAUUUCAUGAAUGAA